UCCUUCAUCUAUUGUGACAGCUGCAACAUGUUCAACACAUCGUACACCGGCACUCCCGGGUGCGAUGUGGAGUGGAUUGUGGAAACAACGGCAUUGUGCGGCAUCUGGCUGAGUGGUCGAAUGGUGUUGAACGUUAUUUCCGGCGUUGUUUUCUACCGCAAAUCUCGCGGUACCAGCGGGUAUCGUUUUCUAAGGAGCCUGACCUUUUGCAAUUUACUCCUGAUGAUCGGCGUGAUUCCCAUCAGUGUGUAUAUAAAGUUCACCGCCCCGGCUAAUCUAACGCGUAUCCAUUUCACCGGCUUAUUUUGCCAGCUCGUGGCGCUGGGAUUUCAUGCAGCUGUCGGCAUAAUUAUGCUCACCGUGCUCUUGAUCGGUCUGGAUAGAUUUUUAGCAUGUGUUGGUAAUCCAUUACACCAUAGUCGCAGGAUGAGCUACACGCGAUCAUUAUGCUUAAUAUCGGCAUCAUGGUGUCUGCCGGUGGCCGUUCUCAUGCCGCUGGCCUGGCAGGAUACGCAUAUAUUUUUCCUGCACAAUGGCUACUGUGACAUUAAUUGGUCCGGGACCGGCACAGCGCAGUUAGUGGCCUGCGUCUACGCCGCGCUGACGUUUGUCCUGCCGUUUAUUGCCCUGGCCGCCAUCUACAUCAAGGUGUUCAUUUCCGCCAAGAACGCCGCCUCGACAACCCGGAAGAAUUUUGUUUACGAAUUUCAGAAUCAUCUGGGCAUCCGGCGGAGCAUUACGGUGGAAUUGGCUAAGAGUCGCAGCGGCGGCGACACCCGGCUCUCGUCGGGCGCGACGGCCGAACGGCACAGUUUCUACUCAUCACUGCAAGCCUUCUUAACUGGUCAUGACAACCGGAAAACCGUACAGAUUGUCAUAUGGAUCCUGCUGUCCGUAUUAAUCUGCGCAUUCCCGGUCUAUCUGCUGAUGAUUAGUCGGGCCUUCUCGCUGGCACGCUUCGAUCAUAACGACAAAUAUCAACGUUUAGUCUUCUUUCUCUUCUUUGUCGCCUCCACGAUCUGCAAUCCGUUCCUGUACAUUUUCAGUAAUUCCAGUCUGCGGCGGGAUGUCAGGAGAUUAUUCAUGGGCAAGGCCGAGAUUCGACGGCAGUGCAGUCUGCAGAUUAACAACGGCAGCUUCCGGUCGCAGACACUGCUGCAGGUGCAGCCGCCGCAUGCGCUACAGCAGCAGCAGCGGUCUGACUCCAGGUGUAUCUCCACACGACCCUCUCUCUGCAUGGAGAUUGCCAGUGGUACACCCACGUCCGCCGCCGCCGCGUCGCUGGCCGCAUCCGCAUGCAACCACCAUCCGGCGCCGGCCGGUAAGCAAUUAUCCAUAAAUCUCCUGCCUAAUGAAAAGGAGGAUACCCGAUUAUUAAUGCCUAAUCACUCCGCUAAUAGUCUAAUGGGCAAAUCAUCUUCCAGCCGCAGUCUUAGUCGGAAAAGUGUGCCAUUUAUGGAGGAGGAUAACCCGUAUGUUGGCCGUGUCGCCGCGGCGGCUCGUGAUUAAUGGAUGCCGUUCCAAUCUCUUAACACUUGCGCAUUUGCAAAUUAGUUCGCCGAAGAAGGGUGAACCGAUCUGGGAUAAAUAGCGUU